AAGGAAACAUAGCAUCACACCACGAAAAUGAUGUAUGUAUGCCACUUUCUAGUCCUGUAUAGUGCUGUGUUAUCCGUUCGAAAAUGGCAAUCAAUUCAUUAUUCCCAGCAAAUCCACCAUGCACAGUGCUCCACCCAACUCUAAUACUGUUGCGUUGUCAGCGUGAGUAACCAGUUUGUUGAACCACGAAAAUUCAACCUGUUUGCACCCCCCACCCAAAAAGGCAAUGUCGAAUCCAAACUCCACCGCCAACAACCUCCCUAUUGACGCCAGAACCACCACUUCCCGCCGCCGCUUACCGAACUUCAACUGGAAAGGUGUAAAACCCAUUCCCUUUUUCAUCUCUAUUUUCAUUGGGUUACUUCUCCGAUUCGCAGUACCAAAACCGCACUCACUCACGCCAAAGGCGUGGUCCCUUCUCUCCAUUUUCCUCACCACCAUUUCGGGUCUCAUUCUCAGCCCGUUACCUGUAGGUGCAUGGGCUUUUACAUGCCUCACGCUCGCUGUAAUCACUAAAACUCUUACAUUCGCUGCUGCGUUUUCCGCCUUUACUAAUGAGGUCAUCUGGCUUAUUGUGAUUUCCUUCUUCUUUUCGAAAGGUUUUGUGAAGACGGGGCUUGGGGAUAGGAUUGCUAUGCUUUUUGUUCGGUGGCUUGGGAAGAGUACUCUGGGGUUGUCUUAUGGGUUGGUUUUGAGUGAAGCCGUCAUUUCGCCCGCCAUGCCGAGCACGACGGCGCGGGCUGGAGGAAUUUUCUUGCCCAUUAUUAAGUCCUUGGCGGUCGGUGCUGAUAGUAGGCCCAAGGACGGAUCGGCUAGGAAGAUUGGAGCAUAUCUCAUUCAAUCCCAGAAUCAGUCAGCCAGUAACUCGAGUGCUCUUUUCCUGACAGCUGCAGCUCAAAACAUGUUGUGUGUUAAAUUAGCUGACAGUAUUGGUGUUAAAAUCCCAAAUCGAUGGGUCACUUGGCUCAAGGCAUCUAGCAUACCUGCGUUGAUUUCGCUUUCUGCAACUCCAUUCAUCCUAUAUAAGAUCUUUCCCCCUGAAAUGAAAGCAACGCCCGAUGCUCCAGCCAUGGCCAAGAGGAAAUUGGAGCAAAUGGGUCCUGUCAAAAGAGACGAAUGGUUGAUGGUGGGAACCAUGCUUCUGACAGUUGCAUUAUGGAUUUCAGGAGAGGCUCUUGGCAUGACUAGUGUUAUUGCUGCUAUGCUGGGUUUGUCAAUACUUCUGCUGUUAGGAGUACUUGAUUGGGAAGAUUGUUUAAGCGAGAUGCAAGCAUGGGAUACCCUGGCUUGGUUUGGAGUUCUAGUCGGCAUGGCUACUCAAUUAACGGCUCUUGGUGUUGUACCCUGGAUGUCUAAAUGUGUGGCCAAAUUACUUAAAUCUCUUUCAGUGAACUGGUUUGGUGCAUUUUGUAUCCUUCAGACAGCAUACUUCUUUAUCCACUAUCUAUUUGCUAGUCAAACUGCACAUGUUGGAGCCCUAUACUCGGCAUUUCUUGGAAUGCACGUGGCAUCCCAAGUUCCUGGUUUGUUGGCUGCUCUAGCUUUGGGAUACAACACAAAUCUUUUUGGUGCACUGACACAUUAUAGCAGUGGUCAGGCUGCUGUUUACUAUGGAGCUGGUUAUGUAGAACUCCAUGACGUUUUCAAAUUGGGAAUUGCAAUGGCCCUUAUUAACAUUGUGAUAUGGGGAUUAACUGGAGCAGCUUGGUGGAAAGUUUUAGGCCUUUAUUGAGAUCCAAAAAUGUCUUCAUUCUUACGAUAUUAGUGCUCAGAAUAUGUAUUGAAUUUUAUGGAUAUAUGAGAGUUCAUUUUUGACAGAAUCCUCACACUAUUGGAAUUUAUGCAACAGCUGGUAUCUGUUAAAAACAAUAUAAAUAUCGAGUUGAGUUGUUGAACUUCAAAAAAGUAUAUCCCUGGAGAUGCCAUAUUCGAAAUGAGUUCAAAGUACAUGUUGGACUUGAGUAUUAUUCUCAUUUUCAUAUCAUUCAGGAGAUAAAUAGAAUGCUUCUUGGAAUUCAUAUGAUACAGAUGUGAUGAGUUUGUAUGGGAUAUGAGAGUUGGCUUUUCAAAUGAGGUGUUCGCUUAUACGGAUCAAGCCAUAAUCCUUUCUUAAACAGAAUAAAAUAAAACAAUUUAAAAACACAGAUUUAUUGUCAUUCAUCUUGACAUUGAGAGCUAUGUCCACUUGCUGCUGCAGGUUAUCACGCCUGACCAGCUAACCCGAUGCUAACCUUUUUAGGGCAUUGGCAGGAGUUGCCCCCAGGGAAGUGUCUUUAGGCAGGGAGUUGAGUUAAUAAAGAAGACGAGCACAAGAUUUUUCUCACACCUCACACACUCUCAAAACCAUGUCCCUAAAAUAAUUUAGGAACUGUUUGACUGCAAAGAUGGAAUUUAGGUGGAAAUAAAACGAAUUCGAGGGAAUUGGAUUGUUCAGAAAUUGUUU